GCUCCGCCUCCUCUUUCCGCCUGCCUUUCACUACCCGAAUCGCUGCCCCGCGAAGCAGUUCUUCUUGAGAGACCCGGUUGCAGGCGAGAAUAUGGCAAGCGGCGCCCACUUCCCUUUGCCCGGUCAGGCCAGCGGCGGGCUGCCCCGCUACGAGGAGCUGAAGGACGAGCACGACAUGGCCAUCAUUAGCCCCGCGGGCGCGUCGCCUGGCUCCACCGUGAUCCACAUGCACAACCAAAGCCAAGUCUGCGUGGCGCCUCCCCGCGACCACAUCCUGUGGUCGAUCUGCACGGUGAUGUACUGCAACUUCUGCUGCCUCGGGUUCAUGGCCCUGGUCUUCUCGGUUAAGGCAAGAGAUCGCAAAGUGGUUGGUGACCACAGUGGAGCUCGCAGCUAUGGUUCUACUGCCCAGUGCCUCAACAUCACAGCUGUGACCCUGUGCAUUGUGCCCAUUGUCAUUGUCAUCAUCCUGCUAGCAACAGGGGUUUUAACCACUCCCCACUUGAUUACUGGAUAUUAGGAAGCCUAUGGAGAACCAUGUCACAGACAGGUUUCCCCUGUAAAACCACUCACUGCCUUUUCCCUUGCUGCCAAGGUUCCCACUCAAGUCACUUUGUGGGUAAUAGUGAUGUUUUGCUUUCCAAUGACACGGGUGUGCAGUUUGUCAAAGAGCAGCCCUUAUAUUGAGAGUAUGGUACUUCCAGUGAUGUCUCUCCAGUGCUUGCCAAGAUGGAUCUGGAUAAGCAUCAGUUUCAGA